AUGGCACCUCAUAUGGACCCCAAGGGUUUCAUUCUGCAGAACUGCCGUGUGUCGGCCGAAAGCUCGGAUGCUGACUUCCAAGUCCUGACUCGGAUCGACCUAAGUCGUCAGUGGUAUGCUUUCGUUCUCAAGACAGAAGGCGGGAAACGUACCAAGUAUCUUGAGGAGAAGGCCCCUCGACCCGACCGUGCACUUGAACUGCUUCACGAGGCCUCGGCUCGUUUGGUAGAUCAGUAUGUGACCUGUCACGGCUACGAUCUUCCUCCUGGUGCUACCAAGCGCUCAUCUGGUAUGCGCGGUGGCUCAGUGAGGCCAGAUGUCAUCGCUUGUAGUUCUUCUGACAGCGAAGCCUUUGCCUCGGACUCUGACGAUUCUGCACUUCCUCCCCGUCGCUCCCACCGACGAGGCCAUCGCAGUGGCCGAGUGGCGGGCGAAGCAGCCAACACACGACCAGACCGAGUAGAGGCAGAUUCAGGUAGCGAGAGUGACGAGCCUACUAGUCGCCGUGCCCCCUUUUGGGUAUCUCCUCCUCGUCCAACAGGAAUGCCAUCUCACGGUCAUCCCCCUCCCCCUCAACCAUGGGGUUAUUCGAUGCCAAUACAGGCACAAGCACAAGCACCAGCACCGGCCCCAGUGCCUGCCCCUAUUCCGGGCAUUCGACCAGGCCCUUCGAUGGUUCCUCCACCACCAGGUAGAAACAUUCCUGUUCCGCCCAUGGUUGGCAAGUCGUAUCCUGCACGCCUCAACAUUAACUGGGCAGGCAAUGGAAAGAGGAACAUGCUUGUCAACGUCUCGCCAACCGUUCACUACCUGCAGCAAGUUGCAGUCAACGAGGCAAACAUGCGCCCUACGGGGUUUUCCAACCCAUCUUCAGCGCCGUACCUCCCUCUGUCGAAUCGUUCUAGCAAUGGUCACUCUCUUCUUAGAGCCAUGGUACGCCGUGUCACGCUGGACGAGGACGAGACUUAUGAGAUUGCGGCCUUUGGAAAUGACUUGUCUGCCUUGUUCCGCAGUACUUCGAGCAUUCCCAAGUUCGAGAUUGAAAUAAGUAACGCCAACAUCGUCCCCAUGUUUCCACCAAUGCCCCCUCCGCGCCCUGCCUCAGUGGCCUCCUCGCGAAGCAGCGUUGAGAUUGCGGACUAG